AUGCUGGGAGGGAGCUGCGGGGACCCCAAGGAAAAGGCACAGGUGACCCAGGACUCGGGACCCAGGAGCAUGGGGCUUGAAGGACAAGAGACAGCCAGCCAGCUACCAGUGACCCUGCUGCCCACACCCAACGGCAGUGGGCCCAGCCAGGAGUUGGAAGGCCACUUGUCCCCAUGUGUGGCUGGUGUCAUCCCUGUCAUCUAUUACAGUGUCCUACUGGGCCUGGGGCUGCCUGUCAACCUCCUGACCGCAGUGGCCCUGGCCCGCCUUGCCACCAAGAACAGGAAGCCCUCCUACUGCUACCUUCUGGCGCUCACAGCCUCGGAUAUUGUCACCCAGGUGGUCAUCGUGUUCGUGGGCUUCCUCCUGCAGGGGGCUGCGAUGGCCCGCCGGGUGCCCCAGGCCAUGGUGCGCACGGCUAACAUCCUGGAGUUUGCAGCCAACCAUGCCUCCAUCUGGAUCGCUGUCCUGCUCACCAUCGACCGCUACAGUGCCCUGUGCCACCCCCUACACCAUCGGGCCACCUCGUCCCAAGGCAGGACCUGCCGGGCCAUUGCCGCCGUCCUCAGUGCUGCCCUGCUAACAGGCAUCCCCUUCUACUGGUGGCUGGAUAUGUGGAGGGGCGCCGACCCCCCCAGCACUUUGGAUGAAGUCCUCAUGUGGGCCCACUGCCUCAUCGUCUAUUUCAUCCCUUGUGGUGUUUUCCUGGUCACCAACUCAGCCAUCGUCCUCCGGCUACAGAAGAGGGGCCAGAGGGGGCUGCGGCCCUGGGUGGGCAAGAGCACAGCCAUCCUCCUGAGUGUCACCAUGCUCUUCGCCCUCCUUUGGGCACCCCGGAUCUUUGUCAUGCUCUACCACCUGUACGUGGCUCCUGUCCACCGGGACUGGAGGGUCCACCUGGCCUUGGAUGUGGCCAACAUGGUGGCCAUGCUCAACACAGCAGUCAACUUUGGUCUCUAUUGCUUCGUAAGCAAGACUUUCAGGGCCACUGUCCGACAGGUUAUCCACGAUGCCCACCUGCCCUGCACCCAGAGGUUACGGACAAAGGGCAUGGUGGUGGAGCCUGUGCUGAAGCCUCCAAGACUCCCCAAAGGGGUGGAAUUGUAG